AUUCUUCUUCGGGGCGCACAAAUUUACAUUACACUGGAAUUGUCAUCACGCCGCUAGCUCUCGGCCAUUUUUAGUAGUGUAAGCUCAGAAACGCCAAACAACAUAAAGCAGUUUUUAUUAAAAUCACAUUCGGAUUAUAUCAGCACACUGAGACGUGAACAGCAGCCAUGUCAGACUUUAUUGAUAGCGAGGCUGAGGAAUCAGAGGAGGAGUAUGAAGAGAGCGACCUUAAACCUAAGAAGACCCAGAGGUUCUUGGGGGAUGAUGAUGAAGAAGAGGAUGUGGAGAACCCAGAUGACCAGGAUGAGCAUGGAAAUUUACGUGGAUUAAUUGAUGAUGGAGUUGAUGUAGAGGAGGACGAGGAAGAAGAAGCUGAAAAAAGCGCAAGUGGUGGAGGAAGUGACUCAGAGGAGGAAGUAAAGCAUCGGCGUAAAAAGCGUACUUACGAUGAUCGCCUGGAUGAUGAUGAUCUGGACCUGAUAGAGGAAAAUCUUGGUGUAAAAAUGAAAAGGAGGAAGAAAAAAUAUGACCGUGUUAAAACACUGGAGGACGAUGACGAUGAUGAUGAGAAAAAUGUAAUCGCAGACGAGAUCUUUCCUACUGAUGGUGAGGGGGAGCUGGAGGAAGGUGAGGCUGUUGACGAACCCAUUCAACAAGCAGAUGAGGAAGAAGAAGGCGAGGAUGAGGAGUCAGAUAUAGAUGAUUUUAUUGUGGAUGAUGAUGGGCAGCCCAUCACCAGGAAGAGGGGGAAAAAGUUUUCAGGAUACACAGAUGUAGCUCUCCAGGAGGCCCAGGAGAUCUUUGGUGGAGACUUUGACUUUGCUGACUUUGACGCAGACGCUUAUGACCAGGGCGAAGAGGAAGAGGAGGAUCAAGAUGAAGAGAGCUGGGACCGACCCAAGAAACAGACUAAGAGGAGGCAAGGGAGGAAGAGCAUUUUUGAGCUCUAUGAGCCCAGCGAACUGGAAAGCAGUCACAUGACCGACCAGGACAAUGAGAUCCGGUCUACAGAUAUGCCUGAGAGGUUCCAGUUGCGAUCAAUCCCUGUUAAACCUGCCGAGGAUGAUGAGUUGGAAGAAGAAGCGGAGUGGAUCUUCAGACAUGGGUUUUCCACUCUGACCAUCUCCAUGCAGGAGAGCACUGACUAUCUUGAUAGAGGAACAACAACAAACUUCAGCAGGAAAGGGCCCAGCACCAUUGCCAAAAUCAAAGAGGCUCUUAACUUCAUGAGAAAUCAGCAGUUUGAGGUUCCAUUCAUAGCUUUCUACAGAAAGGAAUACGUGGAGCCAGAGCUGAAUAUCAAUGACCUGUGGAAGGUGUGGCAAUGGGAUGAAAAGUGGACUCAGUUGAAGACCCGUAAGCAGAACCUGACCCGUCUGUUCCAAAAGAUGCAGUCCUUCCAGUUUGAGCAGAUAUCCGCAGACCCUGACAAACCAUUGGCUGAUGGCAUUCGUCCUCUGGACACAGCUGACAUGGAGAGGCUGAAGGAUGUGCAGACUCUUGAAGAGCUGAGUGAUGUGUACAAUCACUUUUUGCUCUACUAUGGCCGAGACAUCCCGAAGAUGCAAAAUUCUGCAAAAUCCAAGAAGAAGAAGCUCAAGAAAAUCAAGGAAGUGUCGGAAGAUGGAGAGGAGGAGGAGUUUGAAGUUGAAGAGGAGGAGGAGCAGAAAGGACCUGACCUUAAGCUGGCAUCUCGUAGGGAUAUGUACAGCAUCUGUCAAAGUGUUGGACUUGACGGUCUGGCUAAAAAGUUUGGAUUGACUCCAGAGCAAUUUGGAGAGAAUUUGAGAGACAGUUACCAACGUCACGAGACAGAGCAGUUCCCUGCAGAGCCAUUAGAGCUGGCCAAAGAUUACAUCUGCAGUCAGUUCUCGACUCCUGAGACCGUGCUAGAAGGAACCAGGUACAUGGUUGCCAUGCAGAUUGCUCGGGAGCCCUUGGUCAGGCACGUUCUCCGUCAGACCUUCCAGGAGAGGGCCAAGAUCAACAUCAAACCUACUAAGAAGGGCAAAAAAGAGGUAGAUGAAGCUCAUUUUGCCUAUUCCUUUAAGUAUCUCAAGAAUAAGGCCGUAAAAGAGCUAAAUGGGGAUCAGUUCCUAAAGAUGUGCCUGGCAGAGGAGGAGGGGCUUCUUUCUAUUGAUAUCUGCAUAGAUCUAAUAGGUGUUAAGGGGUAUGCUGGAGACCAGACAUACUUUGAUGAGAUCAAACAGUUUUACUACAGGGACGAGUUCAGCCACCAGGUGCAGGAGUGGAACAGACAGCGAACCUUAGCCAUAGAAAGAGCUCUCAAUCAGUUCCUCUACCCUCAGAUGGCCAAGGAGCUCAAGAGCAAACUGAUCACUGAGGCCAAAGAGAGCAUUGUCAAGUCCUGCUGCCGCCGGUUGUAUAACUGGCUUAAGGUGGCUCCUUACAGGCCCGACCAGCAGGUGGAGGAAGAUGAUGAUCUGAUGGAUGAGAGUCAGGGGAAGGGUAUUCGUGUGUUGGGUGUGGCCUAUGCUCCUAGCAGAGAUACACCGGUUUUCUGUGCUUUGAUCAAUGGGGAUGGAGAGGUGGUGGACUUCCUGCGUUUGCCCUACUUCAUGAAGAGGAGGAAUGCCUUCAGGGAGGAUGAGAGAGAGAAAAAGGCUCAUGAUGUUGAAAAUCUCAAGAGGUUUCUUUCCAGCAAGAAACCUCAUGUGGUUGCUGUCGCUGGAGAAAAUCGAGAUGCUCAGAUGAUCAUGGAGGACAUAAAGAGGACUAUCAGUGAGCUUGAGCAGGAGUCUUCACUGCCUGCCGUAGGAGUGGAGCUGGUUGACAAUGAACUGGCCACGCUGUACAUGAACAGCAAGAAGUCAGAGAAUGACUUCAGGGAUUACCCCCCUUUGCUGCGACAAGCUGUCUCAAUAGCCAGGAAGAUUCAAGAUCCUCUAAUAGAAUAUGCUCAGGUCUGCAGCACAGAUGAAGACAUUCUCUGCCUCAAAUUGCACCCACUGCAGGAGCAUGUGGUGAAGGAGGAUUUGCUUAAUGCUCUUUACUGUGAAUUCAUCAACCGGGUCAAUGAGGUCGGUGUCGAUGUAAACCGAGCAGUUGCCCAUCCCCACACUCAGAGCCUGGUUCAGUAUGUCUGUGGUUUGGGACCAAGGAAGGGUGCCCACCUCCUCAAGAUUUUAAAGCAGAACAAUACACGUCUGGAAAACAGAACGCAGCUGGUCACGAUGUGCCACAUGGGACCCAAAGUUUUUAUCAACUGUGCUGGUUUCAUCAAGAUUGAUACUGCAUCACUCGGGGACAGUACGGACUCCUACAUAGAGGUACUGGAUGGUUCUCGUGUCCACCCUGAGACGUAUGAGUGGGCUCGCAAGAUGGCUGUCGAUGCCCUCGAGUAUGAUGAGUCUGCAGAAGAUGCAAACCCAGCCGGAGCACUGGAGGAGAUCUUGGAAAAUCCAGAACGUCUUAAGGAUCUGGACCUGGAUGCAUUUGCUGAGGAGCUUGAGAGACAGGGUUACGGCAACAAGGGAAUUACGCUUUAUGACAUCCGAGCAGAGCUGAGCUGCAGGUACAAGGACCUCAGAGUUCCCUACAGAGUUCCCAACACAGAGGAGGUUUUCAAUCUGCUCACCAAGGAAACCCCAGAGACCUUUUAUAUCGGUAAGCUAAUAACCAGUAUAGUAACUGGUAUUGCUCACCGGCGGCCUCAGGGAGAGAGCUACGACCAGGCCAUUCGGAAUGAUGCUACAGGCCUGUGGCAGUGUCCCUUCUGUCAGCAGGACAAUUUCCCCGAGCUGAGUGAGGUGUGGAAUCACUUUGACAGUGGUUCAUGUCCAGGUCAGGCCAUUGGGGUUCGGAGCAGAUUAGACAAUGGUGUCCAGGGAUUCAUUCCCACCAAAUUUCUAAGCGACAAAGUGGUCAAACACCCUGAGGAGAGGGUCAAGGUUGGCAUGACAGUUCACUGCAGAAUCAUGAAGAUCGACAUUGAGAAAUUCAGUGUUGACCUCACGUGCCGCACCUCAGAUCUGAUGGACAAGAACAACGAGUGGAAACUUCCUAAGGACAGCUACUACGACUUUGACACAGAGGCUGAGGACCAGAAACAGGAUGAAGAGCUAAAAAAGAAACAGCAACGAACACCAUAUAUAAAGCGUGUGAUUGCCCACCCCAACUUCCACAAUAUCAGUUUUAGCCAGGCAGAGAAGAUGAUGGAGACCCUGGACCAGGGAGACUUGAUCAUCAGGCCCAGCAGCAAGGGGGAGAACCAUCUAACAGUCACAUGGAAGGUUGCUGAUGGCAUCUACCAGCAUGUGGACGUGAGGGAAGAAGGCAAAGAGAAUGCAUUCAGUCUGGGCCACACCCUCUGGAUCAAUAAUGAAGAAUUCGAAGAUCUAGAUGAAAUUACUGCUCGGUAUAUUCAGCCAAUGGCCUCAUUUGCACGAGAUCUGUUGGGACAUAAAUACUUCCAGGAUUGCAACGGAGGAAACAAGGAGAAAAUGGAGGAAUUGUUGGUCCGGACAAAGCGAGAGAAGCCUACUUUCAUUCCUUACUUUAUUUCAGCUUGUAAAGACCUGCCAGGAAAGUUUAUUUUGGGCUACCAGCCUCGUGGAAAACCUCGAAUUGAGUAUGUGACCAUCACCCCGGAUGGCUUCCGCUACCGUUCGCAGAUAUUUCCUACAGUGAAUGGACUAUUCCGAUGGUUUAAGGACCAUUAUCAAGAGCCUGUGCCAGGUAUUACUCCCACCAACAGCAGCAGAACCAGAACUCCUGCAUCCCUAAAUGCAACUCCAGCCAAUAUUAAUAUUGCAGACUUAACACGAGCUGUCAACGCCCUCCCAAGAAACAUGACUUCCCAGAUGUUCAAUGCCAUCGCCGCAGUUACGGGCCAGGGCCAGAACCCCAACGCUACCCCCGCACAGUGGGGCUCCAGCCAAUACGGCUAUGGCGGCAGCACAGGAGGAGGGGGAGGGAGCUCAUCUGCUUAUCAUGUGUUCGCCACACCGCAGCAGCCCAUGACCACACCCAUGAUGACGCCCAGUUACUCCUACACAACGCCAAGCCAGCAGCCCCUGGGCACGCCACAGUAUCCAGGCUCCACCCCCCAGUCCUCGCACGUACACGCCCACCCACACCUGCCCCAUCCCAGCCACCACGGCCCGCCGAGCGGUCACCACGGCCACGCGUCCGGCACACCGUCAUCCUCUACCUCAUCCCGCGGACGAACGCCGCAGCAACAGCAGCCGCCGCAGCAACCAAAACCGAGCAGCAGCGCCUCAUCCACCGCAGUCGACUGGGGCAAGAUGGCCGAGCAGUGGCUGAAGGAGAAAGAAGCAGAGGACAGGAAGAAAGGCCAGAGGAUGACACCACGACCUUCGCCCAGCCCUAUGAUCGAGAGCACGCCCAUGUCGCUCGCUGGAGAUGCCACACCGUUGCUGGAUGAAAUGGACCGAUAGGACACAGAGGGGGUGUGAUUCACUCCCCCCUCAACCCUACUUCAUGCUUUGUACUGCCUCACUCAGAUAACCUUUCCCCCACCGCCAGUCAGCCUGUACGUUCAGCUGAUGGUCCAUUCAUGCAUUUACCUCCUGGUAUUCAUGCAGCAGUCAGUAUGGUGUCAACGUUCAUGUCACCUCAUUUCCUUCUCCUGUCAUCACAUACCAGAUGUUUUAUGUCCUCUUGCCAAUCUCCUCUAGCUGCAAACCAUUUUGCAUGCCAUGCAGAAAAGUAGUACAAAGAUAUAAAAUAAAAACACUUGAAGUAUCAGUUACAUAUGGGAAAUGGACCUACACAGACACUGACAGGCAAACUGUCCUCUUUGGUUUUGCGAAUGCUUUUAGUUUGAUCUCUGAGUGGUUUUGGCAGAAGGAAACAGUCAACAUGUGGCAUUUUGAAAACAUUUGCCAAAACAACGCUUUCCCAAGGCAAUCAGGAAAUUUAAUAUUUGUACGGAAAUGGGCCAUUAUGAAUAAAGACUUCUUUUUUCUGUUCGAACUUUAAGAUUCUGCUCGUCACAUCUCUCAAAACAAGCAUGAAUGUAACAUCUCAGACUCAUUCUGAGUUUACAGAGGGGCGGUUUCUAAAGAAGAAGUUGUAAAACUUGGGCUAAGGCUAACUGUGUUACGAUCAGCUCACAUGUUUUGGCUGCGGUAGAAAUCCUCUGAUGCCAGAUUGGAAACGGUGGCUACUCCCAGUAAUCUCGUGCUCCAUCGCAUGUCAUUGCAGAACGGAGUCACUUUUUGUUUUAAAGUUGUUGAUUUUUAAAAGGAAACAGAUGUUUGAAGUAUAGCAUCUCUAGGUUUAUUUGAACCUUGUACAUUAUAAGUAUUUGAGACUCGCUUGACCCUGAGUUACGUUUGCCUUCUCGUCAGGCGUUAUAUCACACACCAGUCUCUAACUCAGCAUGGUCAAGGUUCAGGAUUUUUCACAUCUACAGCUGUGACAUUGCAAUGGUUCAGUGCAUGAGUUAGUAUUUCUAACACUAUCGGAAGACGAUCCUUUCAGACGAGAUUCCUACCUUCCAUUUUCAUAUUCCUAAUGCUGUAAUACUCAGAACUGCACACAUUUAUUUCAGUUGAAUGAAUAUAUUAAAAAGAAGUUGUGUGCUCAUCGUUUUUUGGGGCAUUUCAAGACCGCUCUGUUUCCCUCUUGACUCGUGCAUUCACCUUUUUUUUUUAUUGAUGUCUGUUUCCCACAGUACAGACAAGCAGCACUGGUUUGUAAUGGUGUGCUUAAACCCGCAGUGUGCAAAGUAUCAUGGUCCCAUGAAAUGCAUAUCCUUUUAAAAUAACAUUGUUUUUAAGUAAGCAGACUUGGUCUGAGUUGCCCUGUCAGGUCACAAUAUUGAAGCUGUCUCUAAGGGACUGGCUGGUUGUCAGCAGUAGUUAGUUAUGGUAGAAAAAUGUCGUCUUUGACUCUGCUGAAGACCUUUUCUACCUGUGAUCUCUUUAAUAAAAGUGUUCAUAGUAAA